AUGGCUUGGCGCAAUCAAGGCAUUACGGGCUCUAACAACAUCCCUCUGGGGAGUCGCCGCCGCGGGUUUGCGGAGGAGGAGGAUGAUAGUCGGACUGCUACUCCUUCUUCCAUGCCCGAUGGCCCUAAGCGUGGCCGCAGCCCCGUUCGAGCGGACCCCCCGGCCGAUGGUGUCAAACGGCGCAAGAAGCGCAACCGCUGGGGAGACCAGCAGGAGAACAAGGCUGCCGGCCUAAUGGGCUUGCCCACGAUGAUCAUGGCGAACUUCACCAGCGAACAACUCGAGGCUUACACCUUGCACCUGCGUAUCGAGGAGAUCAGCCAGAAGCUUCGGAUCAACGAUGUGGUCCCGGGUGAUGGCGAUAGGUCUCCUUCGCCGCCGCCGCAGUACGACAACUUUGGUAGACGUGUGAACACUCGCGAGUACCGUUACCGCAAGCGACUCGAGGAUGAGCGUCACAAAUUGGUCGAAAAGGCCAUGAAGACCAUCCCUAACUACCACCCGCCCUCUGACUACAGACGUCCCACCAAGACCCAGGAGAAGGUCUACGUCCCAGUCAAUGACUAUCCAGAGAUUAACUUCAUUGGCUUACUCAUAGGACCUCGUGGAAACACUUUGAAGAAGAUGGAGACGGAGUCCGGAGCCAAGAUCGCCAUUCGAGGCAAAGGCUCCGUCAAGGAGGGCAAGGGCCGAUCUGACGCCGCUCACGCUAGCAACCAGGAAGAAGACCUUCACUGCUUGAUCAUGGCCGACACCGAAGAGAAGGUGAACAAAGCCAAGAAGCUGGUGCACAAUGUCAUCGAGACGGCCGCUUCUAUUCCAGAAGGUCAGAACGAACUCAAGCGCAACCAGCUUCGUGAGUUGGCUGCUCUCAACGGUACCCUCCGUGACGAUGAGAACCAAGCUUGCCAGAACUGUGGUCAAAUCGGACACCGCAAGUACGAUUGCCCCGAGCAGCGCAACUUCACUGCCAACAUCAUCUGUCGCGUCUGUGGCAAUGCUGGACACAUGGCUCGCGAUUGUCCCGACCGCCAAAGAGGCAGCGACUGGCGCAACAACCAACAAGGUGGCUUCAGUGGUGGCCGUGGCGCUCCUCGUGCCAUCGGUACUGGCGAUGCUGUUGACCGUGAGAUGGAGCAACUCAUGAACGAGCUGUCUGGUGGUGCUCCCGGUGAAUACCCGCCCCGUCGUAUUGAGGCCGGUCCCGAGCAGGGUGGCUACCCUGACGAUGGUGAUGCGAAGCCCUGGCAGCGCGGCCCGCCGGCCGGUGACGUGGCUCCCUGGCAGCAGAGAGGCCGUGACAACCGCCGCGACGACUACGGAUCCCGCAGCGGCGACUACGGCGCUGCUCCUCCUUGGGCUGCUGCUCAGCAGAGCCAGGGUGGUGAUUACGGCUAUGGAGCCCAAGCUGGAUACGCUGCGCCGGGCACCGCCCCCAGCGCUGUCCCCGGCGCUCCCCCCGGUGCUCCCCCCGGUGCUGCACCUUGGCAGCAACCGGCGCCUCCUGGUGGGCAAGCUGCUUACGGCCCUCCUCCCCCGCCUCCUCCUGGCGACCAACCUCCUCCCCCUCCUCCUGGCAAUCAGCCUCCUCCUCCACCUCCCAGCGAUCAGCCUCCCCCGCCCCCGCCUCCGGCGUGA